GGAGAGAUGGGAGGCAUCAGGCCUGAUGUCCUCUGCGGCAGCCCAGCCUUCUCUGGGGGGCUUGGAUGCUGCCGUGAGGAAGGAAGCCUGGGCACUUUCUGGGGGAGCAGAGGGUGUGUGGCUGCCACUGUGCUCCUCACACCUGGCAAGGCCCGUUCUGGGUUCACCGUCAGCCCCAUCAUCAGGCCUGGCAUGGGAAAUGGCAGCUUGUCAGCCAACCAGGCUCUCCUGCUAGAAGUGGGUUCGAGUUCCUCUGAUCUUUCUCCUCCCCAGUGUGAGGUGGAGCCAGCAAGGUGUGGUGGUGGUGGUGCAGCCACCUGGACCACGGCAGAGCGUGGCCACUCCUGUGCAUCACCAUGUUGCCCGGGCUCAAGGGCCCCAGUCUUGUCAGCCCGCAGCCGCCUGUCCUCCCUGCAAGCUGCUGGCCAGAGCUGGCCUCUUAAAGUGAGACCUUGACUGCUCUCCCGCCUGCCACUCUCCUAUGGCCAGAGUCUGGACUCGUAGGGUGGCUUGGGGAGUAGCACCUCCUCCAUAGAACCCUCCUUGAUCCACCCUGCGUGGACUCCUCUGCCCAGGUCACAGCCCUGCUCUGCACUUGAUUUCUUCGUCUUCUGUCUCUCCAUUCCCUGCCAGGCAGCCUUCCUCUCACCUGGAACCCAGGCUGUGGACAGAGGCUCUAAAGAGACCUUGUUUCCUAGUCUCGAGUCCUGGGCAUGCGAAGUUAGUGAAAGAGAUUAGUGCACGUUUAGGGCUGGAUGUUGUCACAGGGGCCAGGUAGGCAAUGGCAGCCUGGCAGAGACUCCAGCCAGCCGGGAGUCUGGACAGACUGCCGCUCUCCUUGGGAUGCUCCCACUUGCACAACGUGAAAUUCCGGCUGGGCUCAGAGGCCUGGGGCCUGCUCCUGCUUACCGCUCCAACCCUGUGUGUAAAAUGGGCUUCUUGUGAGGGCCUAGUGAGAUACAGGUGUGAAGCCCUGAGCUUACUCACAGCUGUCCCCGAGGUGGGCUGGCUGGCAACUUCCUUUGGGUGAUUCUGCAUAUACUGCCUGCACCUCACCAGCAGGUGGCGACGACCACCAGCCUGCAGUCACCUCACUUCCCAGCGUUCUCUCUGCAGCACCUCAGUAAGCAUCUGUUAAGUAAACUAAUAGAUAACUAAGCCCACUGCCCGACGUGGCAUCUAAGCUUGAGAAGAAGGACUUAUUUUCUUGCCUGUGAGGUGAGGGCACCAGGCUCUGUUCAGUUCUUCUGUUGGAGGACAGUGAGGAGGAGUGGAGAGGUGGCAGGCUCCCGAAGUUCCACGCACAUGGAACAUGCUAUAGUUCUGGAAGGCCUGUCCUAUUUCCCGGGAAAAGACUCAUCCUUCUAAGAACGUGAAGGGUGGGGGUCAAGGGUUGCCCCUGUAGACCCAAGGUGUCUGGGAGCGGGAAGGGAACGCGCCCCUCUGCUCCCCAAAACAAUGGAAAAUGUCCAGGAGGUCAAGUCAUGGUCUGCAGGGCCCUUAGCACCAUUUAGCCUUGAGCUCUCCAGCAGUUACAGCAAAGCAGGGUGGUGACUAGGUUACACGGCUGUCAUCCUCUGGGCGAGCAAAUCAGGUGCCCGCACAGGGGAUUCUCACUGGGGUCUGCUGCGGGGUGGGGACGGCAUCCCAGGCCCACAAGUUAUGUGGACAAAAGAGCCAGCACUGGUGGGACCAGGACAAGAAUCAUCCCCACCUGACAGUACCCUGAGAGGAGGUCACACGGCCAUCAGAGCAGAGGCUGCCCACUCCACCUGCCAGGCCACAGGCGGGGCUGGACGAGGACACAACUGUGGCUGCCAAUCUGCAUUCACUUCUUGUCCACGGUGCUACCCACCCCCAGUCGACACAGAUUUUCAGUCUGGAUGGUCACUUGGCUUUCUGGUCACAUCCCAGGAGCCCUAAAUACAUCCAGAUAAGGAUGAAAUAAGUCCUGUGCCCCAACCCGCCGAGGUGAGCUUUGUCCUCAGUCCACUUCUGAGGGGGGAGCGGGGAUAGGAGCUGCCUUCUGCAUCUACCACAAGGGACUCAGGGCCUGGGUGGGCUGUUGGGCUUCCAAAGGGCCUUUGAGUUCGCUCCAUCCGGCAGCAGUUCUCAGGACCUGGCGAAGCAGGAUUUGCCAAAAGCCAGUGAGGUUGGAAGCCAGCGGGGGCUGGGUGGCCUUGGAAGGAGCUGGACAUGUUGGAGCUAGGGGCAUCCAGGGCCCCAAGCCACCCACCCUGUGAAGAUGCCGUCUCCCUACACAGCUCAGCCUGCCCACAUCCAGCUCGUCACACAUCCUCUGGCUCUACAUUCCAAACGUGUUUGGGACUGAACCACUCUCAGCACCUCCUGCCGCUACCCUGGCCCAAGCCAUCACUGCCUCGCGUCCAGGUGGCUUCCUACCUGGCUUCCUACGCUCAGCCCUGCCCACUCAGCCUCUCCAUAGUAAGCACAGUGGUACCUGCCUUGAAUUCUCCAGGGCCAGCCUCCUGGACCCGAGCACCCUGCCAGUUACUUCCAUCAGGGGCACUUGCCAUUCCAAAUCGGGCCACCAGAGGGCAGCCUGCCUUUCAGACAGAACCGAGGUUUCUGGGCUGGACCCCAGUGGCCUGCCCCUGUGAAGGUCGGAGAAUCCAGGUUCUCCAGAUGUGGGAAAGGCCUGAAGAGAGUAAGCCAGGAUCCCUGGCACCAGGAUCCAGACUCUCUGGGGCCACCAGAAUCAGGGAAGUCCUUGCUGAGGGCUAUCCAGGUCUGUCCUGCUACAGAGGAGUGGGGAGGUUUUCCUCCUGGCCUGAGAGGGGCAGGGGAGGGCCCUGGGCUGUGGGUGCUGACGUGGGUCGAAAAACUCAUAGUGAAACCAGAAAGAUCGCGUAGUGAAAUUCAUUCCGUGCAGCACACCUGCCUUGAGGCAGGGCUGGAGGGACCUGGGAGGCAAUUGAGCCUCCUGCGGUGACAGUGGCUGUGGGUAGGACCUUAUCUGAUGGGCUGGGCCUUUCUCACAGCGGAGAGGAGACGCCUGGCAAGGCCUACAGCGGCCAGUGGGCAGGGGCUCUGCACGCUGUGGGCUCAGAUCCCCACCGGCCUAGCAGGCAGGAAGGCCUUGAGCAUGAGAAAGGCGCGGGCGGGAGGGAGCUGCCCCUGGAGGAGAGCCGGCUCUGCGGGGCUAGCACCAAAGCAGGCCCUUCCCAGGCACCAAGAAUUUUCAAGCCUGGGUAAAAAAAAAUAAUGGGGGAAUUUAGCUGGGCGUGGUGGUAUACGUCCGCAAUCCUAGCAUUCCGGGAGGCUGCGUCAGGAAGAUGGAAAGUUCGAGGCCAGCGUGGGCAAUUUAGUGAGAUCCU